AUGGCCCCGUUGAGAGUGACGAUUGUGGGCUCUGGCAAUUGGGGUUCGGCCAUUGCACGGAUCGUCGGCGCCACCACGAAGCAGAACCCCGGCGACUUCGACACCAUCGUCAAGAUGUGGGUCUUCGAGGAGAUGGUGGACGGGCGCAAGCUGUCGGAGAUCAUCAACGAGACGCACGAGAACGUCAAGUACCUGCCGGGCAAAAUCCUACCGGAAAACGUGGUGGCCGUCCCGGACCUCGUCGAGUCGUGCCGCGAGGCCAACAUCCUGAUCUUUGUCGUACCCCAUCAGUUCGUCGCCCGCAUCUGCUCGCAGCUCAAGGACAAUCUCAAGGCCGAGGGUGGCGUCCAGGCCGUCUCGCUGAUCAAGGGUGUCUCGGUGCGCAAGGAGGGUGGCUUGAAGCUGAUCUCGGAGGAAAUUACGGAUGCGCUCAACAUCCCGUGCUACGCCCUGAUGGGCGCGAAUUUGGCCCCGGAAGUCGCUUCGGACAACUUCUGUGAGGCCACCAUCGGCUGCAAUGACAAGAAGGAUGGCCCGAUCCUCAAGAAGCUCUUCCACACCCCGAAUUUCCGCAUCAGCGUCGUUGACGAUGGGCACACCGUCGAGCUGUGCGGCGCGUUGAAGAACAUUGUCGCGUGCGCUGCCGGCUUCUCAGAUGGCCUGGGCUACGGUGAUAACACGAAGGCCGCGAUUAUUCGCCUUGGGCUGAUGGAGAUGACCAAGUUCGUCGAGCACUACUACCCAGGCUCCAACCUUCAAACGUUCUUCGAGUCUUGCGGCGUUGCUGACCUGAUCACCACCUGCUACGGCGGCCGCAACCGCCGUGUCUGUGAAGCUUUUGUCAAGUCCGGAAAGCCUCUGGCCGAGGUCGAGAAGGAGCUGCUGAACGGCCAAUCCGCACAAGGACCUCUGACCGCCGAAGAAGUCUAUCUGAUGAUGGAGAAGAGCGAUGGACUCCACGAAAAAUUCCCGCUCUUCACCGCCGUCCACCGAAUCUGCUCGGGUGCCUUGCAACCGAAGGACCUGAUCGACUGCCUGCGCGACCACCCCGAGCACAUGGGCGACUUC